AUGGCCGCCGCCACUGAGAUAAAACCCAACGGCGCAGGCGGCAGUCUGCCUGACGGCGCGGAGAAACCGGGCAUCAAAGCUGAAGUUGGGUCCAUUGAGACGAGCGAUGCUGGCACUGUGGCGUCUGCUGCCCCCUUGGAUCCGGAGUCGGAUGAAGAUGUCCCCGUUGAAGCGGAAGAGCUGCAAGACGCGUUGUCGCGGCCUCCGCCCGUCCACAGCAGCUACCUGCCCCUCCCCUGGAAAGGGCGAUUGGGCUAUGCUUGUUUGAACACGUACCUGCGGUACUCGAACCCGCCUGUCUUCUGCUCUCGAACCUGCCGCAUCGCCUCCAUUUUGGAGAAUCGGCAUCCUCUCCUGGACCCCACGCAACCCCCCCAUCCGACGAAAAAUCGCCCGGACCGCGAUCAGCCGGCUGAUGUGGCACGCGGGCAGGCGUAUGUCGAGGCUCUAGGGCUCACGAACGCGAAGGAUCUUCUCAAGAUCAUCCGCUGGAAUGACAAGUAUGGGAUCAGGUUCAUGCGGCUGAGCAGUGAGAUGUUCCCGUUUGCGAGUCACAAGGAGUAUGGCUACAAGCUGGCGCCGUUUGCCUCGGAAGCGCUGGCCGAGGUCGGUCGACUCGUCGCCGAGCUGGGUCAUCGCGUGACCACCCACCCGGGCCAGUUCACCCAACUCGGCUCGCCGAAUGACGGCGUGGUGGAGAACUCUCUGCGGGACUUGGAUUAUCACUCUGAAAUGCUGCAGUUGCUUCGACUGCCCCCGCAGCAGGACCGCGAUGCAGUCAUGAUCCUGCACAUGGGCGGUGUCUUCGGUGAUAAGCAGGCUACUCUCGACCGGUUUCGAGAGAACUACCAGGCUUUGCCGCAGGAUGUCAAGAACCGACUUGUGCUCGAGAACGACGACGUCAGCUGGUCGGUGCACGAUCUCUUGCCCAUCUGCGAGGAGUUGAACAUCCCUCUUGUUCUGGACUUUCACCAUCACAACAUCAUCUUCGACGCGACACAAGUCCGCGAGGGGACGCAGGAUAUUAUCGGUCUGUAUGACCGGAUCAAAGCGACCUGGACGCGGAAGAACAUCACCCAGAAGAUGCAUUACUCCGAGCCCACCGCGGCCGCCAUCACUAACCGACAGCGUCGAAAGCACAGCGACCGUGUGUCCACCCUUCCUCCGUGCGAUCCGACCAUGGAUCUCAUGAUCGAAGCCAAGGACAAAGAGCAGGCCGUGUUCGAGCUGAUGAGGACUUUCAAGCUACCAGGCUAUGAGCUCUUCAACGACAUGCUACCUUACAUGCGCACGGACGAGAACAAACCAUUCAAGCCUCCGAGGAAGACGAAGAAGAAGGAGGGAUUUGUCGAUCUCGAAGGUCAAGUCCCCCCUGAACGGACAGUUCCGGAAGAGGAGGUCGGCAUGGGCGGACCCCAGCGAAGAGUGUACUGGCCGCCCGGCAUGGAGGAAUGGCUACGACCGAAGAAGGUCGUUCGCAAAGUCCCUCAGAGCCCACGGAAGACACCGGUCUCGAAGAAGACGAAGGACGCCGCCAAUGCCGACUCACCGUUGCCGAAAGGCGAGCCGGAAGCCAACGGCGAAGAGAACGGGGCGCCGGUCACACCAGCCUCCAAGGCCACGCGGCGGGUCCAGCGGACCCCCAGUGUCAAAAAGCCGACAUCCAGGAAACGGAAGGCUUCGCCCAUCGCUUCCACGCCGUCUGCUUCGGACGUGGACAUGGAAAACCCCGAUGUCCCGGAGCCACCGGAGCUUACCCGCACGAAGGGGGCUGGGGUCCGCCGUAGUAGGCGGGCGAAGACGGUGAAUUAUACCGAGGACCCUGAUUCGGCUUGA